CUUAGCAUUCACAAAAAAAAAGUAGAGACCGCUGGAACCUCAAUAUACUUACAACAUUUAACAUUUAAGAAGCAAUUAACGUUAUUAGCAUCCAUCAUCCCGCUAAGGAAUAUGGAGCUCUGGUUUGUGCAACCUUUUGCAAAAUCAGUUAAAGAAAUGAAGGAUGAUGACAAAAAAAUUAUUCAUGUAUCCAGGACAGUUCUUACACGCUAUCAAUCUUGUCACUAUAUUGUAUUAAAUGGUGAAAUUUCGGAUCGCGAAGACAAAAGGGAUCUAGUCGUGUUGGAAAAGCAAGUAUUUUUAGUUCUUUCCGAAAUGGAGAAAACUGUAGACUCAGGUGUGUUGAGUAAUUGUUUUCUUCUCUUAAUGAAAAUAAUUUCUGUUAAGCAAGAAGGAAGCGCCUGCGACAGAGGGAGACUGUCGGAAGCCACUGAUAAGGCGCCUGCGACAGAGGGAGACUGUCGGAAGCCAGUAAUGGCAAGUCAUCGUGCAGGG